CAGCUACAAAAAUCUUUUAUGUUAAUUUUUUUUAGUUUUGUGCAUUAAUUUAAUUUGUCUGUAUUUAUAGGUCUUAAUUCAAUUGUGUAAUAGAUUUUAGGUGUUUUAAUAGUUAUUAUUGAACAGUUAUCAGCAAUUAACCAACACUUACACACAUAUUUUGAAACAAAUUUCUAUACAUAUGUAAGGAGAAUUGUACUAUUAGGUAUUUUAUAUCUAUUUUUACUAGCCAUUAAUAUCAAAGCUUAUUAAUCUUCUUCUUUGCUUUUUUCACCACUCGAAACGUUAUGCCGAUCCAAUCAGAAUAGUGUAGAUAGAAAUAGAGAGUGGUAUACGUAUGUUUUUUCUCUUUUCAUUAGCAGCUCGGGCUCACUUGUACAAGUUCCCAAACCUCGCCCUCUCUCUCUUUAGUAUUAACCUUAUGAAUGGAACAUGGAGUAAAUUUUCAAUAUUUAAAUAAUUGCUUGAAUAAAUGUUCUUUAUUUGAUCUAAAAAUAAAGAGUUUUUUAAUAGAAAUAAUUCUUGAUAUAUUCAUUAAAAAACAAAUAUUUCCUUUGUCUGUCUUUGUGAGACAUAUUUUUGAAAUUCAUGAAAUUAUGUAAUAAUAAAAGUAAUAGCUUGACUUUAAUAUUAUGAAUCGUGCCAAGAAAGUCUUGAUUGUUUAGCUGAUAUAACUAAUCGUGUCGACACCUGUUUUCAUUUAUGUUAAGUGGUAUACAUAUGGAAGAAUCAAAAAAAAUUUUGAGGUUGGACUAGUUGACCAAGUUGUAUAUAUUUGUAAAGAGAAAUUAUAUAAACAUUUGAAUAAACGAAUUAAGCAAUGACUUUGGAAGUUGUUCCUAUCCACAAACAUCCGGAAUACCUCUUAGAUUGUUGUAAUAUUAUAAAUCAAGAGUGGAAAAGAUCUAAAACAGCUCGGUUACACAGUUUAGAACAAUCUUGUGACCAUUUACCAACAUCAUUGAUUUUAUUAAAGGAUAAAACUGUGAUUGGCCAUCUCAAAUUAUCAGUAAUACCAAAUAUUAAGACAGCAUGCUUCGUAGAGUCUGUAGUUGUAGAAAUGAAUCACAGGAACAAAGGAUAUGGAUCAAUGUUAAUGAGGGAAGCUGAGAAUUUUUGUAGGGGUCUUGGUUUAAACGCAGUUUAUUUAUCCACUAAAGGAAAAGAAGAGUUUUAUGUAAAAUUAGGGUACAAAAUUUGCGCCCCCGUUUCGAUAUAUGGGAAUUUUGUUCCAAAAAAUAUGGAUACAGUGAAUAUUGUAUUGAAACCUUUCAAAUUAUCCGAUGAAGCAAACGAAAACACAACAAAAGGAGUAUACCCACCAACGCCGCCUCCUCCUCCUUCUCUCGUAAAAAUUGUGUCGUCCAAGAAGAUUUUUAUGAAGAAGAUUCUAUAGCUUUUGUAUUAUUUGUAGGAGUAUAUCAGAAGUUACCAAUUGGCAAAUUUUUAAAGCCAAAAAUGGAUGAUUCAGCUUAACAGCAUAGUCAUUAUAUUAUUUAUAAAUAUCAUUUUUUUUCGUUUUAUUAGUAAUUUAUUCAGCUAAUCAACUGUACCCUUAAAACAACUCUAUCUAACAAGAAUGGUAGUACCAACGGUUCCAGAAACUAUCAAUUUUGAAUGAAUCACAAAGUCUUUUGCUUUGUAUUUUAUAAUUUUUACCUACAAAUUCAAUAAAAUACUUUCAAACUCUCCUAUUUUUUUUUCUAAUUGUAUAUAUUUAGCACUGCAUGGAAUAUUUGGAGUUUUAUGAUUAAAUAGUACCUGUAAAGCAUUCCAAAAUAAAUAAUGGGUUUGGAAAAAUGAAGAAUCAACAAAAUACAAUUUAUUAUUUAAUUGCUUAACACUUACAUAAAAGUAUUCUAUAGACAAACAUAUGUACUUUUAACAAUAAGAUGCCAUAUAAAAUUCAAAAUCAAAAUAUAUUUGAGAAUUAAAAGAGAAAAACACUUGGGUGUGAACAGAACUGCUCAUACAUUUUUGAGGGUCUAUAAUAUUUUUUGUUCUACCCAAAUUAACAUAUUGAAUCUAACAAAUUCAAAUAUAUAUAUAUAUAUAUAUAUAUAUAUAUAUAUAUAUAUAUAUAUAUAUAUAUAUAUAUCGAUGGUUUAUAAAUGUUUGUAAAAUUAUGCUCUAUUUUACCAUGCUAAUGGCAUUUAUGUAACUUCAAAAAUGUACUGCCAGGAGGCACUAUAAUCUUUGGUAUUGUUUAAUUUGAGCUUAUUUUAGCUGCUGAUAGUGCAAGACAUCAAUGGGUGAGGUCACGCUUCUGGUGAGUAAAUUUAACUAUUGACUAAUGUGUCAUUAUCUUUUUAAACUCCCUUAGUUUAUUGCCAUUAUUUUUAUGUGAUACCGGCACUUCUUACAGAUGUGUCAUUAUACGUUUUAGUUUCCCCCUGACUAUCAGAAUUGUUUUUAUCCUCUUAACGCAUUUUAUGCUGAUGAUUCGUUAUAGACUUUAGGCAAAGCACGUAAAUGGCGCAAUGAUUUAUCCCACAGUGGUACAUAGUGCUAAUAGGUCACUUUCUUAUCAAUGCCAUGUAAUAUUUUGGGCUUUGUUUUGAAUACCAAGCGCCUACUUUUCAAAACCUAAACAACAUGUCCGAAUUAUAUUUCUUACCUAAAUACAUAGGUAGGUUGUACCUAAUAGGGCGGUAUAAAAAUUCAACAAAUAAUAAAAGAAAAGUUGCCAUAUUAUGAUUAAACAUAAGCCGUGGAUGUUGGCGUGAAAACUUCCUUCGGCCAAUGUUUUAAAUCAAAAUGGCAACUUUCCUUUCUCUAUCUGUAGAAUAUUAAUACCGUGACUUUAAAGACCCUAAUAAAACCAACCAAGUAUGUAAUUGCCUAUCCCUUUUUCAUUGUAGCUGUCAAAAUGAGGAAUCGAACUAAACUUAUGGUUAAAUUAGCGAAACAACAGCUUGAACUGGAUAACACAGAGAAUGGCGGAAGUAGCAGGAUUAAUGAAGCGCAUGUGUGGCAAGUUGUAUCUACUACCUUAGCAGACGAGGCAUACCAAAGUAAGCACAAUUUAUUAAUUAUUUUCCGUUUCACACCUACCUAUUUUAAGCGAUUAAACUGGAGAUUCAUCUCAUUAAGUAUCAUCAGAAAAAUCUUUCUAAAGGGGUUUCUAUUCUGUUAGUACCUACGUGUGGGCGUAUAGACAGGUUACUACUACUGAUGACAUCAUUCCACUAUUUUUUUAGGGACUGCUGACUGGGUUUCUGACAAUCCGCAUCCUGUGCUAUCAACUCCAGUAGCUGAUCCAGACGUCGAAAUGGAGCCGGAGCUGACAUACACAGAAUUGUUGCCAGUUGAUACUGCAAAUGAUGCUGUUUUUUCUAAUGGAAAGCACGAGACUGGCACUGUAGCUUCUCCAGAAAUUCACAACAAGACUGAACCUGUUUCCCAUUCUUCAGGAAAUCACGAGACUGAACCUGCAGCUUUUCCUGCAAUUAAUCACAAGACUGAACCUGUAGCUUAUUAUCCAGGAAAUCACGAGACUGAACCUGUAGCUUUUUCUGUAAUUAUUCACGAGACUGAACCUGUAGUUUAUUCAUCAGGAAUCCAAGAGCCUGAUUAUAAUAAUACUAAAGAGGUUUUUCAUAAUAAUGAGACUGAAUCAGUACCUUCCACUGGAAAUCAAAAUAAGAAAAGAAAGGGAAAAGGCAACCAACAAGCAAUAGCAAAAAACGCAGAAACCUUGGACUGGAUUAUAUUUCAGCAAAGUCAAAAAAAGCUGUCCGAAAGAGAAACCUUAAGCCACCAUGUGGUGAUAAGUGUCCUUUAAAAUGUUCAACGAAAUUUGAUGACUGUCAGAGGCAACUCCUCUUUGAUGCUUAUUGGGCUAUGGGCGAUUUAAGUGGUCAAAGAGCAUUUAUUAAUAAUCAUGCCAGCUUUAUAAAUCCCAAGUACUAAAGGGUAGUGGUAGAUAGAAAAAUAGAAAGGUCGUUGAACCACAAGUAUUUUUUAACAAAUUCUGGUGGAGAAAAAAACAGAGUUUGUAAAGUAUUCUUUAUGAAUACUCUUGACAUAACAGCAAGAUGUUUGAGAACCACGUUUAGCAAUGUUGACACUGAAACGGGAGUUUUAAAAGGGGACACAAAACACUCAAGAAAAAAUUUGCCUUCCAAAGAAGACAUUGAAAAUGUGCGCAAACACAUUAACAAAAUCCCAAGGGUGGAAAGCCACUAUUGCCGAAAAGAUAGCAACAUAGAGUACAUAGAAGGAGGUAAAACAGUUUCAGAUCUACAUAGAGAUUACGAAAUGGAACAGCAAUCCUUAGGAAGAAAAGUGCUGCCAUAUCACCAGUAUUAUAAAAUUUUCAAGAGAAAAAGGACCAAAGUGACACUUGUGUCACUUACAAAAAUAUUGCAAAUGAGAAAAAAAAAGGAUUUUCAAAGCGAAUAUGAAAACCACGUUUUAGAAAAAGACCUAGCUAGACAAGAAAAAGAAACUGACAAAAAUGAAACAUCUGAAACAACCAUUGUAUCGGUAUUCGAUCUACAGGCAACAUUACCGUUCCCACGAGGGGAAAUAUCUUCUUUUUAUUAUGUGUCAAAAUUCACAAUGUAUCAUUUGACGGUUUGCAACAUAAAAAAUAUGGAGGUUUAUUGCUAUACGUGGACGGAAGCAGAUGGACAGAGAGGAUCGUGUGAAAUUGCUUCUUGCCUCUGGAAAUAUUUAGAAAGCAUUGAGGGAGUUGUCACUAAAAAUGGAAAAACCUCUUGAUGUAAUCUUUUAUUCAGAUAACUGCGCAGGGUAGCAAAAGAACCAAUUUGUCAGAAGAAUGUAUUACUAUGCAUUAAAAAAAUUUGACCAUAUAUCAAGCAUCACCCACAAGUUUUUGGUGACCGGGCAUACACAGAAUGAGGCAUGUGUGGAUGCCUGCAUUGAAAUGUAUAUAAAAACUGCCCCAUUUAUUUGCCCCAACAAUACAUCCAACUUAUGAGAACAGCAAGGAAAAAAAUCCCUAUAAGGUUGUUGAACUUACGUUUAAGGACUUAAAAAUUUUAAACAACUACCAUCAGUAAAACUGAAAAAAUUCAAAAGUAGCCUGGCCUGUAUGGUUAAGGCAAUAAAAAACAAGGAAAAUACCAUCUACUUCAUCAACUAAGGAGGAAGACCUACAAAAUCUGUACAAAAAAAGCUGAAAGUUAGUGAUGCUAAAAGAUUACCUUUAGUCCAGCUCGUGGAUAAGGGAGUAGUUCCAGAGAUCUACCGAAUUUUUUAUGAAAAUAUUUGAACCUGAUUUUUAUAAGUUUAGUCUGCUGUUCAUGUUUGUCUGAUAUUUUGUUUCUAACGUUCCUAAUUGUCAUUUUAUUUGUUCCUAAUGUUACCUAAUUACCAUUUAUUUGUUAAAUAAAGUUAAGUUGAGUUACGAUUUAAGUUUUUUUAUGCUUUCCUGUUGAAGUAACAUAGGAAUACUAUGAGUUACGCCGGCACUCAAUAAAACUUGCCUAACUUAGAGGGCAAAACUUUAAAUCGUAUAGCGGCACAUCGGCAAAUAUUUUCAAAAUUAGAAGGUUUAUGUUAAAUUUAUUUUUUUCCUCUUUAAGAUAAUUUAGUCAAAUAUAAAAAAUUAUGCAAAUAGACUCAAAACUAAACGAAUGGGAGCAUUUGCGCCAGAACCUAUUUAGCUUUCUAACUUUGAAUUGCGAUUAUCUUAAAACUGCUAGUUUGCAGUUGCGCCGGUUUCUUUAUAAACCAUCAAUAUAUAUAUAUAUAUAUAUAUAUAUAUAUAUAUAUAUAUAUAUAUAUAUAUAUA